AUCGGUGACAGAAAUUCGACCAAUCGCAGAAGGCCCGUAUAUCCCCCCCAUAUGAUGUGUAUCUGGCACCGAGAAAAGAACGACACAGCAGGGAGACCACAAACUGUUCGACGUCGAGCUGCCAUUAUUGUAAAAAGAUAAAGUUAAGUUCUGAAAAGUACAUUAAUAAGAAUUUUGUGUCAGUGCCCAGUAGUGAAUAAAUAGAUCAAAGAUAUGUGUUAUUGAUUAUUAAUGUGAUAUUUCUUAUGAAAGUUGUGUGAUUGUGCGGGAAGACAGGCAGGCGACGGGUGGCCGGGCGAAUCGGACUGGCACCAAUUUGUAGCUAACGUUUUUGUGUUCAGCAGGUAACGAUGAACGAGCUGGAUAGUUUGAGGCAGGAAGCAGAGACACUAAAAAAUGCCAUUCGAGAUGCGCGGAAAGCCGCGUGUGAUACAAGUUUGGUGCAGGCGACGGGCAAUCUUGAACCAAUUGGCCGAAUCCAGAUGCGUACGCGUAGAACGUUAAGGGGGCACUUGGCAAAAAUAUAUGCUAUGCACUGGGGUAGUGAUUCUAGGAACUUGGUAUCAGCAUCUCAAGAUGGUAAACUUAUCGUGUGGGACUCUCACACUACAAAUAAGGUUCAUGCAAUUCCAUUACGUUCAUCGUGGGUUAUGACUUGUGCUUAUGCCCCAUCAGGUAGUUAUGUUGCUUGUGGAGGGUUGGACAACAUUUGUUCAAUUUAUAGUUUGAAGACUAGAGAAGGUAAUGUAAAAGUUUCAAGGGAGUUGCCCGGCCAUACCGGAUAUUUGUCCUGCUGUCGCUUCUUAGACGACAAUCAAAUUGUGACAAGUUCGGGUGAUAUGUCUUGUGGUCUCUGGGACAUAGAAACUGGUCAACAGUGCACUUCAUUUUUGGGUCACACUGGUGAUGUGAUGGCUCUAUCUCUAAGUCCUCAUUGUAGAGCAUUUGUCUCAGGGGCGUGUGAUGCAUCUGCUAAACUUUGGGACAUACGUGAAGGUCAAUGUAAGCAAACAUUCCCAGGACAUGAAAGUGAUAUAAAUGCUGUUACUUUCUUUCCAAAUGGUUAUGCUUUUGCAACUGGAUCUGAUGAUGCCACGUGCCGCCUCUUUGAUAUUCGUUCUGAUCAAGAAUUGGCGAUGUAUAGCCAUGAUAAUAUAAUUUGCGGUAUCACAAGUGUAGCAUUCUCAAAAAGUGGUCGUUUGUUACUUGCUGGUUAUGAUGAUUUCAAUUGCAACGUAUGGGAUACGAUGAAGGCAGAACGAGCAGGUAUAUUGGCUGGUCAUGACAACCGAGUUUCUUGUCUGGGAGUAACAGAAAACGGUAUGGCUGUUGCGACAGGAUCAUGGGACUCAUUCCUCCGUGUGUGGAACUAGCCUAAUCUAGACACUCUAUCUGAAGAUAAACUCUCAGCCUUACCUCUACAUAAUGCUGCUCAUUUUAAACAGUCAUGGUUCAGUAAAUGCGCCACAGAUCUACACAAACAUAUUAGAAUUAUCCUAAACCAUCUCAUACAUUUUGCAAUAUUAUGUUUACACUAAUAUAUACAGUGUUGUGCAUUAGUUAUAUAGCAAUAUAAUUCUAAUUAAUGCACUGCACCUGGAAUGUUUGCCCAGUAUUCGUUUGGGUGAAUAAUUCAGAUUAAUUUGGAUUAUACAUUGGAAAAGGUGAUAUUAUAAUUACCAGCAAGUACCACAUUGACCAAAUCCUCUUAUGUUCAGAAAUUUGGUUACUGCAAAGCCGUUUUUUAAAUAGUAUCAUCAGGUUUAUAAUUAGGAAGCCAAAUAAAAUGUAGAUUCUAACUAAAUGACUAGAUAACCAAAUUGAAGUAUUGAUCGUGUUACGGUCAAUCAGAUAAUGUUCUUUUAAAUUAAUGCAUACGAAUGUAUUCAGAAUUUGAUAAUUAGAUGGAAUGAUUUGUAGUAUAUCAGUGAUUUUGAAAUGUUAGUCAGCCAUUAUUGGUAUUUUAUUUAUCAUAAGAACUUUGUUCUAUCGUAAAUUGAUUUUAAUCAAUAACGUUAUAAACAUAUUUCAAAUUUUGUCAAAUCUACUAUAUACAAUACUUUAUACAAAAGCAUUUACUUUAUUUUAAGAUUUAGACAAAUGUGAUGUAUUAAUGAACUGAAUAAAGUCAUUGCAAUUGAAAUCGAUCUAGGAGAUACAACGUAAUUAGUAACAAUAUUUCAAGUUUACUUCCCGAUUGUGGAUAAAACAACUUGAUUUGUCAGUAAAUAAUAUUUAUACAAAUAUGCUAAAUAUCCAAAUGAUUUAUACUUAAAGUAAGAUUUAUGCUGACAGAUCGUCCACACCUUGAUUCUAAUGCAU